AUGGCUGAAGCUUUCCUUCAAGUUCUGCUAGACAAUCUAACUUCUUUCAUCCAAGGGGAACUUGGAUUGAUUCUUGGUUUUAAGGAUGAGUUCGAAAAGCUUAAAAGCACGUUUACUACGAUCCAAGAUGUGCUUGAAGAUGCUCAGGAGAAGCAACUGAAGGACAAGCCACUGGAAAAUUGGUUGCAGAAACUCAAUGUUGCUGCAUAUGAAGCUGAUGACAUCUUAGAUGAAUGUAAAACUGAGGCAGCAAGACUCAAACAGACUAAAUAUGGGAUUUAUCAUCCAAAGGCAAUCGCUUUCCGUUACAAGAUUGGGAAAAGGAUGAAAGAGAUGAUGGAGAAACUAGAUGCAAUUGCUAAGGAAAGAGCGGAUUUUCAUUUGCGUGAAAAGAUUAUAGAGAGACAAGCUGCUAGACCAGAAACAGGUUUUGUUUUAACUGAACCACAAGUUUAUGGAAGGGACAAAGAGGAAGAUGAGAUAGUGAAAAUCCUGAUAAACAAUGUUAGUAAUGCCCAAGAGCUUUCAGUCCUCCCAAUAGUUGGUAUGGGGGGACUAGGAAAGACGACUCUUGCCCAAAUGAUCUUCAAUGAUCAGAGAGUUACUGAGCAUUUCAAACUAAAGAUUUGGGUUUGUGUCUCAGAUGAUUUUGAGGAGAACAGGUUGAUUAAGGCAAUUGUCGAAUCUAUUGAAGGAAAGUCACUACUUGGUGACAUGGACUUGGCUCCACUUCAAAAGAAGCUACAGGAUUUGUUGAAUGGAAAUAGAUACUUUCUCAUUUUGGAUGAUGUUUGGAAUGAAGAUCAACAUAAGUGGGAUAAUUUAAAAGCAGUCUUAAAGGUUGGAGCACGAGGUGCUUCUGUUCUGGUCACUACUCGUCUUGAAAGGGUUGGAUCAAUUAUGGGAACUUUGCAACCAUAUAAAUUGUCAAAUCUGUCUCAAGAAGAUUGUUGCUCGUUGUUUAUGCAACGUGCAUUUGGACAGCAAGAAGAAAUGAAUCCUAACCUUGUGGCUAUCGGAAAGGAGAUUGUGAAAAAAAGUGGUGGUGUGCCUCUAGCAGCCAAAACUCUUGGAGGUCUUUUGCGCUUCGAGAGAAAAGAAAGAGAAUGGGAACAUUUAAGGGAUAGUGAAAUUUGGAAUUUGCCUCAAGAUGAAAGUUCUAUUAUGCCUGCCCUGAAGCUUAGUUACCAUCACCUUCCACUUGAUUUGAGACAAUGCUUUACAUAUUGUGCAGUAUUUCCAAAGGAUACAGUAAUGGAAAUAGAGAAACUAAUAUCUCUCUGGAUGGCCCACGGUUUUCUUUUAUCGAACGGAAAGGUGUUAGAGGAUGUGGGUAAUGAAAUGCAUGAUCUCAUCCAUGAUUUGGCUACAUCUUUGUUUUUGGCAAGAGCAUCAAGCAGCAAUAUCCGUGAAAUAAAUGUAAAUAAGUACUCACAUAUGAUGUCCAUUGGUUUUGCUAAAGUGGAGUCUUCCUACUCUCAUUUGCUCGUGGAGAACUUUGUCUCGUUGAGGGUGCUUAAUCUGAGUAGAAUAGAACUCAAUCAGUUACCGUCUUCCAUUGGAGAUCUAGUACAUUUAAGAUACCUGGACCUCUCUUUCAAUAGAGAAAUGUGUAGUCUUCCAAAGCAGUUAUGCAAGCUUCAAAAUCUGCAGACUCUAGAUCUACGGUAUUGCAACUCACUUUCUUGUUUGCCAAAAGAAACAAGUAAACUUGGUAGUCUCCGAAAUCUUUUACUUGAUAGUUGCUCUAAAUUGACUUGUAUGCCACCAAGGAUAGGAUCUUUGACAUGCCUUAAGACUCUAAGUCACUUUGUUGUGGGAGGGAAGAAAGGUGGUCAACUUGGGGAACUAGGAAACCUGAAUCUGUAUGGCUCAAUUGAAAUCAGACAUCUUGAGAGAGUGAAGAAUGAUAAGGAUGCAAAAGAAGCCAAUUUAUCUGCAAAAGAGAAUCUGCAAUCUUUAAUCAUAAAUUGGGAUUGGUUUGAACCACGUAGGUAUGAAUCAGAAGAAGUUGAAGUGCUUGAAGCCCUCAAACCACACCCCAAUCUGACUUCUUUAACAAUCAGCGGCUUCAAAGGAUUCCGUUUCCCUGAGUGGAUGAAUCACUCAGUUUUGAGAAAUGUUGUCUCCAUUACAAUUAAGGAUUGCACAAACUGCUCAUGCUUACCACCCUUUGGUGAGCUGUCUUGUCUAGAAAGUCUGCAGUUGUGGAAUGGGUGUGUGGAGUAUGUUGAUGUUGAUGUUGAUUCUGGGAGGUUUCCAUCCUUGAGGAAACUUGUUAUACUGGACUUUAGUAAUCUAAAAGGAUUGCUGAAAAAGGAAGGAGAAAAGCAAUUCCCUGUGCUUGAAGAGAUGAAAAUUUACAGGUGCCCUGUUUUGAGGUCCACAUCUAAUCUUAGUGCUCUUACUUCCCUCAACAUAGGCCAUAACAAUGAAGCUACUUCACUCCCAGAAGAGAUGUUCAAAAGCCUAGCAAAUCUCAAAUACUUGAGAAUCUCUUUCUUUACGAAUCUCAAAGAGCUGCCUACCAGCCUGGCUUGUCUCAAUGCUUUGGAGAGUCUGCAAAUUGUACAUUGUAACGCACUAGAGAGUCUCCCAGAGGAAGGGGUGGAAGGUUUAACUUCACUCACCGAGUUAUUUGUUACAUCCUGUAAGAUGCUAAAAUGUUUACCGGAGGGAUUGCAGCACCUAACAGCCCUCACAACUUUAACAAUUAGGAGAUGUCCAACACUGGCCAAGCGGUGUGAGAAGGGAAUAGGAGAAGACUGGCACAAAAUUGCUCACAUUCCCUAUCUGCAUAUUCAUAACUAUUAG